AUGACUGUUUCAGAAAGGCAGAAGGAAUGUAAAACCGCGGCGAAAAAGAAGCAUUCAUCAAUAACUCGAUCAUACUACCGCAACUCAGUUGGUGGAUUUUUAGUAUUUGACAUUACUAACCGACGAUCUUUCGAACAUGUGAAAGACUGGCUAGAAGAAGCAAAAAUGCACGUACAGCCAUUUCAGAUUGUAUUUCUGCUAGUGGGACAUAAAUGCGAUUUAGCUUCACAGCGUCAGGUGACAAGGGAAGAAGCUGAAAAACUGUCUGCAGACUGUGGAAUGAAGUACAUCGAGACCUCAGCCAAAGAUGCCACAAACGUGGAGGAAUCCUUCACCAUCUUGACACGAGACAUUUAUGAACUUAUUAAAAAGGGGGAGAUUUGUAUUCAGGAUGGCUGGGAAGGGGUUAAAAGUGGUUUUGUUCCAAAUACGGUGCAUUCUUCUGAGGAAGCAGUAAAGCCCAGGAAGGAGUGCUUCUGCUGACUUCAAAAAGGCCAAAGAACGAACCAGAACAGAUGGGUGUCCUUUCAGGGUAAUACCAACAUUAACAGCAGAGUGUGCGAUGACAGCAUAAGGAAAAGCUCUAAACCCACACUAACACUGUUUUGUAAGCUUUCUGAUUCAGAGCACUGUGCUUCCUUGUGACACUACCACAUUAGGUAUUUUGCUCAGUUAUCAGGCGUAGCUGACAACUUUAUUGAAACGAGUAUCUAUGUAAUUACCUCCAUUCUCAUUCUGUUAGAAUAUAGCUGACCUCAGUGUUCAGACAUAUUCAGAACGCAUUUUUCUUGGAUUUUUUGUAAACAUAUAGUCUGGUUAAAGAUUUCUAUCAGGAGUUACAUUGUUUUGAGUUACUAUUGAAUAGUAAAGUAUACUUAAAAGUACAUUGUUCAUAUGCAAAGGAAACAAUCUCA